CCAAUUCUCAAAGCAAAUACAUACCAUUUUCAUUUUUGGAAAUUGUUAUUCUUCUUCAUUCUUGCAAUGGCCUCGAGCAAAGCAUUGAUCACAGCUUUCCUUUUUGUUCUGACCUUGUCAAGCAUGAGCAUGAGCCAAGCAGCUCGCCAUCUUAUGCAAACAACUGCACCAAAUUUGCCGGGCAUUCCCACUUUGCCUAAACCAACAUUGCCACCUUUGCCUUCACUUCCAACACUGCCUCAGGGCAAUGUUCCACCCUUGGCUACAAUCCCAACACUGCCACAACCUACCCUACCAUCUUUGCCUACCACUUUGCCUCCACUUCCCAGCAGCAUCCCUACCAUUCCUUCAUUGCCCAACAUUCCCUCAAUCCCCACAUUCACAAUUCCAACCACUAUGCCCUCCAUUCCUUUCCUAUCUCCACCACCUUCCACCUCUAGCCCUUAAAAAUACCUUUAAUUAAUUCCUCUGACUUUGGUAUCUCUGCCAAGUUGAAUGCAUGCAAUAGAUAUGGCUUGAUUCCUUAAUUUCGCGUAUGCGAGAGCAUUGUAUGGUGUUUUCCUUAAGUUUCUGUUGUUUGGUGUGAGAAAAACAGUGUAUUUUCUUUUCAAUUUAUGAGUUGCUUGUUUUUGUUUGUACUUUUUAUUAUAUUAUAGAUUGUGACUAUGAUUACACAGUUA